CUGUCAUAGAGUGAACAUACCCGUCACUCUAUGACAGAGUGCGACCUCCUGUUCACAGAGAGUUAUGAGAGUUUCCAGUCUGCAGAAAAUGAGAGCGGGUGCUGAGGAGGCAGAAUCUUCUGGGUACCAACGGGUCGUACUGAAGAACGCUUCACCACAUCACUACCUCAGAGUCCGUCUGGUGCUGGAGGAUGAGUCGACCAGAGUGAGCGCCGUUGACCUGAAGACCUUCAUCACUUCCUGCCUGAGGAGUUUGUUCGGAGAGGUCGGAGCGGCACUGAAUGUGGACGUGCUGAAGUACGAUGAGGAGACGCUGACCGCUUUGCUGCGCGUUCCCAGCAGGGGUUUGGUGAAGCUGUGGAGCUCCCUCACCCUGCAGGGGUUCUACCAGAACCAGGCCUGCGCCUUCAGGGUUCUGCAGGUGUCUCCGUUCCUCCUGGCGCUGACCGGAAACAGCCGCGACCUGCAGCUGGACUGAAGUAGGAUGACGUCAGCCUGGACACCGCUCUGCGUCAGGCUCCGCCCUUUCCGCCUCCCGUUGGCCCCGUCCCUCGGACGGCGCCUCCACGUCGGCCAGCGCGCCUCCAUCACCAAAGCGUUCUCGGCGCGCGACGUGGAGCUGUUCGCCGAGUUAACGGGCGACAGCAACCCGCUCCACGUCGACCCGGCCUACGCUAGCACCACGUCCUUCGAGGCGCCCAUCGUCCACGGCGUCCUCAUCAACGGCCUGAUGUCGGCGGUGCUCGGCACCCGGAUGCCUGGCCCCGGCAGCGUCUUCCUGUACCAGGAGAUCCGCUUCCCGGCACCGCUCUUCGUCGGCGAGGAGGUUCUGGCCGAGGCGGAAGUGCGUAAAAUCAAGAUGUCGUUUGCCUUCAUCGCGGUGACGUGCUCCGCCAAGGACAAGGUGGUGAUGGAGGGGGAGGUGAUGGUGAUGAUGCCCGAGAAGCAGCAGCAGGAGUGAUGAAGAUGGUGGCGGUUAAAUCCGGGUCCCUGACAGCGUUAAUGUCAAGUUUAUUUAGGUGUUCUGUACGGAGGCCCCUGAGGGACAUGCGGGAAUGUCUUUUUCUUUUGCGUUUCCUCGCAAUAAAUUAGCAAACACAUCCUGGUUUGUUCUGUACACAGUCACAGUUUAAUAAAUCAGUUUAAAAGUUCAAACGCCUUUAAUGAGCCUCGGUAAAAAACUUUUAAAGAUACUAAACUUCAGAUAUCACACUAACAGUUGAUGAAAAAACCUUGCAACAGAAAAACACCUCCAUGUCCCCUAGAGGCUUCCGUAGAUUAGAGGUGAUAAACGUUGGAUGGGUUUUUUGGUUUUCUUGUGUUAAUGCACUCACUUUUGUGUGAAAUCUUUCAUUCAAUAAAAAAGCGAUAUUUUCAAAUUAAA